AGUGUCAACUAUUUAUUCACGAUGACAAUAAUUACCAAAAUAAUUACCUGUCCUAUUUUGUCUAUAAAAAUUUACCUCGGUACCUAAUCUAAUCAGAUACUUGUAUUUACUUUUUAUUUAUAAAUUAAUAAGAUACUCUAAUUUUAUACAUUUAAAUGUUAAUUUAUAACAAUUAUUUUGAAAUCAAUUGAAAUAAACAUAGUGACUAUUUACUCUGAGGUAAAAUAUCGUUUAGUAACAUGAAUUUCGGUGGAACAUUAAGGGUAAACAAGUUUGCUUGUUUUACAUUAGUAUUUAUAGUUUUUCUCAUUAUUUAUUGGCGGUCGAGCGGUGCGAAUUACACGACUGAUAAGAGUGAUUUCGUCAAUUUAAAAAGUUUACUCAAAGCUGCAAUUUACGCGGCCGAGCGAGGCGGUAAAAAGAUUAUAGAGGGCAAGAAUCGUGAGUUGAACGUGAAAAGCAAAGGGAAGACUCAGGAAGGGGCUAAUGACCCGGUGACGGAUGCUGAUUACUCGUCCCACUGUGCGAUGUACUAUAGUCUCAAAAAUACGUUUCCAAAGCUGACAGUGGUCUCCGAGGAGCAUACGAAGAGUGAUUCUAGUUGCGAACAUCAAGAAUUACUCGACAUAGACAACGCGCCGCCGGAACACAAACAAAUAGAUUACUUGUAUGAUGAGCAAACUUUAUUUAAAGAUGUCACUGUCUGGAUUGAUCCUUUGGAUGCCACACAGGAGUAUACAGAGGGGCUGUAUCAGUAUGUGACAACUAUGGUGUGUGUGGCCAUCAGGGGGGUGCCUGUGAUUGGUGUGAUCCACUUCCCGUUCCCACCUCGCACAUACUGGGGCUGGAUGUUCAGGAAAACCUCCACCAACAUACCAAGUGUACCCCAUAAAGAAGAGAAUAAAGAUCAACCCAGAGUGAUAGUAUCCAGAUCACACCCGGGGAAAGUGGCAGAAAUUGCAAAGGAAGCGUUCGGAUCGAAAACGGUAGUGACGCCAGCCGCCGGUGCCGGCUACAAGGUAAUGGCGGUGGUGAAUGGCACAUACGACGUUUAUCUACACGCGACCGCGAUCAAGAAGUGGGAUCUCUGCGCUGGAGACGCCAUCAUAAAAGCUGUUAACGGCAAAAUGACGACUGCAAAAGGAACCCUCAUCACCUACGGACCCACUGAAGAGGUCAAAGUCACAGAUGGUCUCCUGGUCACAUUGUAUGACCAUGAUUACUAUUUGAGUAAAGAACCUAAGAUACUAUCCACAAUGCCUUGAAUGUGCCAACAUUUUCAUUUCACAGGUACAACUGACGUUCAUAGUACGGACGUGGGUGUCGAGGGUACAUUAAAAUAUGUUUGAAAAUUUGAAAUUAUGGCGUUAACGGUUUUUUUUUACAUAUUAUAAAUGCGAAUGUUUGUAAAGAUCGAUGGACGGAUGAAUUUUUGUUACUCUUUCACGCAAAAACUACUGGUUUGAAUAUUUGGUACAUGGAUAGGUUAUAUCCUAACUUUACACAAACAAUAUGUAUCGAUUAAUGCAUGCGACACUGCGGGAUGUAACUAGUGACGACUAAAAUUACGCGACAGGCGAACUGCAUAUUAAAGGUAACUUCUUGCGCCGGUCCAGCGGGUCUACCAUGAAAUUAAAUUCCGAAAUUUCGGACUCAAUUUCGUGUUUUUGUUUAUACCAAAUUCGGACCAAUAAAUGGAGUUUAACAUUUCGUUCGUCAUACAUCCUAUCAUAAAAGUCCAAAGGAACAAUAUUUUAACAUUUUUAAUAUUUCCAAACGGCAUGCAUUAUGUAAUUUUAACAUCAAAUUUCUAUUUCUUUUGGCUCCGAAGUUUCGGAAAACAUUGUAGGCCCUCAGGUAUCUUGCAUCCAAAUUACGUGGUCUAGUAAUUAAUAUCGGUGACAUAGUUUCCUCUUCUUCAGAAUGGUCUGUCAUUGCUAUACUUAUAGGUGGCUUGAAAUAGUAUUUUGAUUUUUUUUUCUAUUGCUAUUAUUAGUGUAUUGCGUGUUGGUCCUUUUCUAGACUUACGAUAUUGACUCUACAAUGAAAUAAUAUUAAAAAGUUAAUAUUAAAACUAUGUCUAUACUAAGAGCAUAGACAAUAUUAUAAUUAUGUACAAUCUUCUACAAUUACCAUUCAUUGUAAAUCGAUGAAUUUACAAUAAAUGAUUAUCAAUUUUGUUUUAAUAUUAUGUUAGCUUUUUAACUGUGAAAGACUUUAGAAACUAUGUAUUUACCAAACAAUAAAUGAUGCGGUGUUGCAGAACAUGUUACUCAUAGGUGUAUUUAGGCUGGGGCCGGAUGAGCUUCGCCCAACCUAGAAUUAUCUGGUGCCCACUCUAGAAUACCAGCCAAGAUUUGUAAAGACAAAUCUGAGAGUGCAUAUGUGCCUUCAUUAAGAAGCCAGAGCUCCACGCCACAUUGGCAGGCGGGUUGGCAACCGCAGUUUGGUUUUUGGUGAUGUUUAAAGAGGUAUGCUGUCCAUCUCUCGACCAUAGUUCCCUUAGUCGCCUCUUACGACACCCAUGGGAAAGGAAGGGGUGACCUAUUCUAAGCUACUCCUCUGUACCCUGUAAAUUCACGCCAUAUCCCACCAUUCAAACCGAAACACGGCCAUGCAAACACAACUGCUUCACGGUUGAAACACGAAUGGAACAGAGGUACCCAAGCAAUCGACUUUUGUAUAAAUUCUCCCUCUGGUAUUUUAACACUCCUUUUUUCCUAUAGGUAACUUUUCCAAAGAAUUUUUUUUUAUUGAAAUUGUUUCAAAUGAAUGAAUAUAAUCGAAGCAUUUGGCGUUCCAUUGUUUCUGCCUACCCUAAUGGGAGACAGGCGUGACAGAUACGUAUGUAUGUAUGUAUGGUUCAAAUGAGUUGCUUAUAUAGAGCGUUCACUGUAAUAGUAGAAGAAGGAAAGAGGUUUGUUUGAAUCGAAGCAUUUGUCGUUCCAUUGUUUCUGCCUACCCUAAUGGGAGACAGGCGUGACAGAUAUGACUGUAAUAGUAAUAACAGUACAUACAUGGCUUUAGGUAAUGGUUGAUUUAGUGCUUAUAUCUAUCUAUCCUAUUAAAGAGCUGCACUCUUGUCGCUGGAGCUCUUGCCACUCACUACGAUUUUCAGCGAGUCUCCUCACUUCUUGAUACGACUUAUAUAAUUAAGUGCUUAUUUAAUUAACAUUAUUUGUUGCUAACUAAUAGAAGUACACAACACACAUUUUUGUAAUGAUAUUUUAAAGGAAUUAAGGUUUCCACUGUUUGACAUAUUACAAAUUCUAUUAUUAUAUGGUACAUAAAAUAAAAGGCUGUGAUUUAAAAUAUACAUAAUUAUUUUGUGGUGUUUUGUGCAAUCAAUAUAUUUUUCUCUUUAUUUACUGUAUUGUCAAAAGAAAGUCACAGAAUUAAUGUGUUAAGAGACAUGUCGACUACAUAAUAUAGAUAACAUGACCAACGGCGUAAGAAUAUGGUGGCAGAGUGGGCAAAAUACCAUAACUCCGGUUUGAAGGGGCCUCUGGUUCGAUGGCCGUGAGCAUAGGAAGGAUCUAGUAUUUAUUUAUUAUUAUUAUUAUAUUAGUUAACUGUCUACCGUUGAACUCAUGCCUCCUCUAUAAUUAAUUUAAUUACAGUAUUAACUCAAGGACAUUUUUUAUGCAACUUAGAAUGGCAAAUAAUUUGUAUAUUUUUUAUACCCCCCAUGCGUUGCCAUUCCUGAGGACUCAGGUGUUAUUCCUCUGUACCCUGUAAAUUCACUGCCAUAUCCCACCCUUCAAACCGAAACACAGCCAUGCAAACACAACUGCUUCGCGGUAGAAACGAAUGGAACAGAGGUACUCAGGCCUCGCUCCAUCAAAGUCUGUACAGAAUCUGUACUUUGUACAAAAUGACUUUUGUACAAAGUGUCUCUUUCUUACAAUUAUACAAAUAAAUCACAAAUAAAACAAGAUGAAGAAAAAUUACGCAUUUUGGCUAUUCUAUACUUUGUUAGUAGUACUUAGUUAGUAUACUUUAUUAUAUCCAUGGUACUGCUCAUGUCUAUAGGCGACAGUUACCACUUUCCAUCAGGUGGGCCGUCAGCGUGUUUGCCAUUCUAAGUUAUAUAAAAAAAAAGGAAUUUUGCCAGUAACCGCCACGCUUCGCGCACAGUUUCACCAGUGAUGUUUUAAGAGGAAUAUUGCUGCCCAUUCCUCGACAAUUAAGUUCCUUUUGUCGCCUCUUACGACACCCACGAGAAAGGAAGGUGUAGCCCACACUAUGUUGGAGCCACACGGCAAUUGGUUUUAAAUAUGACCUGAUUAUGUAGAAAAUAGCUAAAUUUCUUACUAGAAACCACCAAUUUUUUGUAGAGACUUUCUUCCCUCUUUUAUUUCCCACCUUUAUAUGUGAAUGGCGAACAUGCUGAUUACCGUGGACAUCACAGAAUAUACUGUGACGCCCAUAAUAGCUCUUAUGCGUUGGGCUAACGCAUAAGGGCUAUUGUAAGUGAAUGGAGGUGGCUGUUUUCUGCAUAGCUAGCAGCUAGUUUCAAUUGUGUUCGUCUCAGUCAUUGACCAAUUUUUUUUUUUUAAACUUUGACAAGGGGCUAGUGUUGCCCAUUCAGUAUUUAACAAUUUUAGGCACUUUUCAAUUUGGCCUUACUUAAUAAAAGUGCCAAUACGAGGAUCUAACAGUUAUGUAGUAACUAUAUAUUCUUAGUUUGGACCUAGAUGCCGUUGUGUAAUGUCUCCAUGUGGUCUAUAUAUAUAUAUAUAUAUAUAUAUAUAUAUAUAUAUAUAUAUAUAUAUAUAUAUAUAUAAUUGACUACAAUUAUUUGCUCAGUUUGUCUACCAAAUUUAAUGUAAUAAGUAGGUAUUGAAAUUUUUUAUGAGCCAUGUAAUUCUUGUAUGUAGUUUUUGUGUUAUUCUUACCUUUAUAAAUUAGCAUUCAAAAAUGAACUAAAUUAAGUCAUUUAGUAUUGUAACUAACGUACACCAUGUAAAUAUUGUAUUAAUUAGAUAUUUAAUUAUGACUAAUUUAUUUUCAUAAAAAUCUGUUAUAUAUACUAAAUUGAGUUUUUGUUACUAAGUGCUAGAGUUAAUAAAAAAAUCUACUUGA